UCAUGCGGCUGCCGUUCAUGGCAAUGCGCGCCACCGACUCGUCGGCGAAGGGCAUGAUGGGUCGUAUGUACGACCUCAUGCUGCAGCUCACCGUUGAUGUCGAUGAGAAGCUGGAGGAGGCGCGGCUGGAGGGGCUCACCGCUGCGGACGCCAAUGCCAUCCGCCGCAUGGUGAAAAGGAGGUGGGACGGCAGCAUGGCGUGCCCCCUCCAUGUGGUUGGCCGCAUCCUAAACCCGGCCAAUCAGGAGGAGGGGAUCUUCCCCUCGGACAUGGAGUGCACGAGGGUAUUCAAAGCCUUCAUCGCCCGCCACUACGAAGACAAGA